AUGGGGGAAGCUUGGUUCUCAUGGAUGGUUCCCUCAUUUCCUGUCUUAUCAAUAAGCCUGAGGAAAAUCAAGUUUAGGUGCAAUGGUGAAGAUUAUAAUGGAGUGGUGAGCAAAGAUGCAAAUGUUAAGCCAGGACAAUACACAUGUACAAGCCACUGCAAAAUUAACAUCGACAGUGAAGAAUACACUGUGUUGUGGGUUGUUCUUCCUUUGGUAUGUUGUAGUUUGGAACAAGAUGCCGAUCAUUCUCAGGAAGAAACUGAUACAGAUUUUGAAGGCCCACAUACUCUUCCCUUCAAAGUUAUGGGGACUUGUUACUGUUCUAGCAGACAAGACAUCCUAGAAAAGGGCUACUUGAACCUGAACGAUUACAAUUGGCAUGUCUAUGCUAAACUAGAAGACGAACCAGAGAACAUAACAGACAAUGAAGCAAUUGCUGUGUAUAUUAGUGUUGAUUAUUGUGGCGAUGAAUUUCAGAAAGUAGGGUAUAUUGCAAAAGAAUUAACACAGUAUUUAAAACCUAUUUUAAAAAAAUUGGAUGUUUCAGUGUGCAACAUUUGCUUUUGCACAACAUAUUAUAGAAUGGGAUAUUAUUUGACAUUAGAAAUUACAAAAGAUGGAAUGUGGCACAAAAACGUAGUUGAAGCCAGUAAAAAUGUAAGAUAA